UACUGCAGAAAGCAGUUCAGGCCUCCACUACCUCCAGUGCAAAUGUUUACCAAUCCAUGCAACCCUUCAUCAGAUACUUGAAAAAUCAAUAAUGCAACCUCAGAUAUUCUGAGUUUAAAGUGAAGAAAUAACAGCAACAGUAAGUAAACGUUUGUGAAGUUUGACUCUAACACAAAACAAAUGGAUCUAAUCGUGACUACCCUAAAUUAUUUAUGACCUUUAGAUUUAGCACAUUUGGGAAAGCAGUGGCAUUCUUAAACAGCAAAUGUAAUUGGCAAAAUAUACUUCCAGUAUUUUAAUAUGGUGUUUAUAUUUAAAAAGGAUAUGUAGGUAUAUCAUGUAAUAAUGUUGAGACAGCAUCAUUCCAUAUGUUCAUAUUAGCUCAUUCACGGUUUAGGUCCAAUUGUUUCAUUAGAUGUCCAACGCAGCAAGCACAACUUGUAGUGCAGGCUUCAUAUAGGAACAUGGCUUAAUCUUCACUGUUUUGCAGAUACCUUGUUACAUUAAUCACAUUGACAAACUCUGCCAUUGUGUGCUUAAGUGGAUACUUUGUACUUCUCUACCUUUGACCCAGAGUGCUCCCAAAUAUCCGCCUACACUAUUUGAUUUCCUCCAUCCUCUUGGGUUAAACCAAAUUAUAUGCAGUAGCUGUGCAGGUUUUGUUAGAAACAUUUGGAAGACUAAUUUGUUUGUGCACACAGUACAAAGUGGACACACGGUGUAAACCUUGGAUUGAGAAAGGCAAAUUGUCCAAGGUUGCAAAUAUAUUGUCCUGAUAUGGAACCACUGGAGGAGCUUCUAAUAAGAGGUUUCCAGCUAAUUUUACCCUCUUAAUGACUUUAAAACCUAUUUGAUAUUCACUACAUAUUCUCUCUUUUUUAUAUAUACAAAUCUUAACAAAAACAAAAAAACAAAUUUGAUCAAAUCUUAUCUAAUGUAGUGACAAAUGAAACAGGCCUUUUGAGAGUGGUUGAGCUUUAACCACUUCCUGCAUGUCUGAGCACAAUAACUGACCACAUCACAAGUAUGCUCCUCCCAGGCAGCUAGAGUGUCUUUUACACUCAUGUAGCUUUUAAGAGCGGGACAAAUACAUCUCACUACUAGACCAAACAACAGGCACCAGCAUGAGAAUACAUGAGUCAAGAGGAGUCAACACACUUGCAAAAUGGCUUCUCCUAUCAUUGUUUUUUCUACUAACAGGAAGCACACCAACAUCUGAGGCAGACAUUGCAGUUGAUGCAGAUGCGACCCCCUCACCUUGUGGCAUGAGCAAGAGGUCUCUGCAGCCCAAACCAUCACCACCAUGUCCUUACAGCUAUGAAUUAAAGAACCGUGAUGGAAAUGUGUGCUUGAAAGCUGUUUUGGGAGUGCAGUACAUGGUAACAUUGAAAAAGAAAUUCUACUAUUUCAACAAUCCCCAAACAACCCGUGCUACUGGAUACUGUGGGAAUCAGACGGCUGUUCUCUCAUUGGAAUCUAAUGAGAUGUAUCUUGAGUUCACUUUUGUUAAGAAGUCCAAGGAGUAUUACACCCACAAGUUACGAGCUCGUUUGGGGCCCAUUUCUGUGUAUGAUAAUAAUAAAUGCGAAAAUUACUCAUAUCCUGAGACAGUGAACAAUGAACAAUUGUUCAAAACCACAACAGGACUCAGUUUUAAAUGUAAAUCACAGCUGGUGGUCAAGAUGUCCCCAAACCUUAGGCUUAAAAUUAUGUCCGCACAGUUUCAGCCUUUUGAUUUGUCAAAUGGGCAGUUUGGAAAAGACUUUGAAUGCUGGCAGGACUACAUCAACCGCAUCAUACCCAUUAUAGUCGGGGCCAUAGCUGUGGGAAUCCUCCUGAUUGCCACAGUAUCUUACUUAGUUGUUCGUGAAUAUCGCCAUCGGAAUUAUGAAAGCAUGUGAUGUAGCCUAACACAAACAAACUGGAUUUAUGUAUUCUUUUUGUAUCAACCUUCAUUUGAAAUAUUGAAAAUCAAGAGGAAAGAAUUCAAAAGAAUAAAAAUAGCUAUUUCAAUCGUUUUCAACAUCAUCUAUGUCCGUAGGCUAGGCCUACAUCAAUCGCCUAUGCUAAAAUAUUUGGGCUAUGUACAUUUUCAAAAAUAUUUAUAUCUGCAUCACAACUGUUACAAAAAAUAAAUCUCAUCCUACAUUGUUGAAGAACAGAAACACUCCACCGUAAUCUAAUCUACCAUCGUGUCAAGCCUACAACAGUGAAGCACUACCAUUCUCUGCACGUUAGCAAAGGAACAUUACACAAAGUGAGAUAAAUUACACAGAAAUGCACAGAAAUAUUUCUUUGUGGCUGUACUGAAAUAAAGUGGUUUGAUUGUGAUUCAG